AUGCUUCAAAUGUCACAACUACCAAGCCGGGCAGGCUACAGCCCCCUCGUGCCCUCACCCCUAAACCCAGACGUCCACGCCGUCGCACCGCAACGCUGCCACCAAAAACUGCGCGAAAAGAGACGCCAACAGGGCCGCGGCGACGUGAGCCCGACCCAGAGACUCCUCCGCCACAAGGCCGCCAUGGCCUGGAAGUCGGAAGCCCUGACGCGGGAGAGCACAAUGUACACGAGGGACGAGAUCCUCGACAUCCUCGCAGAGUGCGAUCGCCAAGACGAGGUCGCGGCGAGGGGGCUCAUCGUCAUGGCUACCUCGAACCAGCCGCCGUGGCCGCCGUCUCAGAAGCAGCAGCAGCAGCAGCAGCAGCAGAAGAAGCAGCCAAAGGUCCACAUUCGGGCGGCGCACUGGAAGGAGCACGAGGGCGAGGAGUACGAUUUCUUCUGCGAGACUGACGACGACGCGGACGAGAGCGCACGGCAGUGGGGGUCGCUCGUGCCCAGGCUACGAAGUCCCUUUUCCAAAGAUACCGCUCGCCGGGUUGCGUUGGCAUUCGGGUUGAUGUGUAUUUGUGGAUGUCUACCGGCCCUUCGAGCCCACGGCUUCCACAUGUAUUCGGCUACCGAGGCUACGUAA